UCUUUCCUUUCUAUUUUAAUUCAUCUUGAAUUAAAAAAACCAAACAACAUUUCUUGUGUUUAAACGAUUCCCUCGAUAUUACCUACAUUUUCGUCACCUUAAUGUCAUAGUUGUUAUUGUUUCAUUAUUCAUAAUUCAAUUGGAAAAAUCAAUUGCACGUGUUGUUUUCAUUUGUCAAUGGUGCCAAAAUGUUUCGACAUUUAAACGUAUUUCAAUAUGGCGAAGAAGAAUUAAAAAUCUAUACAGCCUGAACAUCGGUACGCAAUUCAUCAUUAAUUGACUGCCAUUUUAUCACUAUCAACCUCUGUUCUAGUCUGCUUUACCUUCAUUCGUUAACUUUACUAAACAUUCAGAAGAUUGCCGUCCUCGCGUCUGAAUUCUUUUCUAGUCUGAUUCUACAGAAAUAAUGAGGUUGCUGGGUGUUUUAACCGUGUGCUUGUGUUCGGUCGUUAGACCGACUCUGACAUCGCUCGCAGUAGGUCCACCACUAGAGGAAAACCUAAAACCUUUCAAAGAUGUAUGCCAAGGAGCAAAAUUUGUAAAUGGUGUUGGUUACCAAAAUCACGAGACAGACUGUGAAAAAUUCUACCAGUGCUAUCGAGGGGAAAAGCUACAGGACAGAAUUGCAGCGCCCCGCAUAUGUCCUUUUGGUCAAUUUUGGGACCAGUUAGUACCUACAUGUAGGACUGCCAGUGAGGUGGAAUGUAAAACUGAUAGGUGCAACCUAAAACAACUGAUAUCUCAUCCGAUGGAUUCUGGAAACUGUCGGUCGUAUUGGAAAUGUAAUCUUCAGAAAUCCGUGGGGGAUUGCUGUCCCAUGGGACAGAGGUACAGAAAAUACAAGGGGUGCGAGAAGGACUCUUCCUGUGCAGACCCCUGUCCAGGGGAUUCUUUCCAUCAGGGCCCCUGUGAUAGUCGCCUCGUUUUUGGUGAUCGCUCAGCUUUUCAACAGUACGUGGCAGGAGUUGGUUGGCACAACAUGACUUGUCCAAGCAACACCCAAUAUAGCGUGCUAGCUUGCGGUUGUGUUUAUCACAAGGGAUAUGAUUCCGUAUGUAAACCCGACUUGUACUUGCCAUUUAAUAAUAAUUUCCGUGACUAUUCGGGCAAUAAAAGAGAAGUGAUUAACCACGGAGUCCAAUUAACGAAUAAAGGCUAUGCAUAUUUUGAUGGGAAAAGCUACUUAGAAAUUACAAAGUUCCUGAACUUAACCAAAGAGAGCGAAGUCACGAUAGCAAUCAGAUUCCUGGAAACUAAAAAAAGUGGUCGUCUACGCGCCAUCCUGAGCAACAGCAUUUCUAAACAACAACCCAGUCUCCUUAUUUUGAAUAGCGCCAAGAACGUGCACACGAUGAUUAAAAAAGAAGACAGUGGAGUUUCUACACUUCAUACGGUGAUGCGCGAUGGGAAUUGGAAUACUGUCAAACUAAUGCACGAUGAGAAUUCCUUGGAAUUGGCGGUCAACGAUAUCCUAGCAGAGACGUGGGCAAUAGGGCCUAUCCAGGACAACAAUGAAAAUCUAUACGUCGGAAAAAGUCGAGGGUUCGAAAACUUCGUCGGUUACAUUGAUGAGAUCGCCGUAUUCACCUGCCGCCCGAAGUUUAUACAAACUUAAAGCCAUACUUACAUAUCUUUGAAAUCCAGUGACUGUUAUUGUUUUUGACCCACUCGUUACGCGAGUAAAAGUGAACACAGUGUCAUUGAUUGUUUUUCCUUCUCAUUUCUUUGAGCUGCAAAUUGUUUUCCCAUGCAUGUAUUGUAUUGUAAUUUAACUACAUCAUAAGUUUGUCCAGAAUCAAUUAAAAUGAUCUUUGAAAAUGUUUUGGUCAGAAAUAAAAAUGAAUGUAU